AUGAUCUCAUGGCACGACCUCUACACGGUCCUCACGGCCGUGAUUCCUCUCUACGUCGCCAUGAUCCUCGCCUACGGCUCCGUACGAUGGUGGAAAAUCUUCUCCCCCGACCAAUGCUCCGGAAUAAACCGCUUCGUCGCAAUCUUCGCCGUCCCUCUCCUCUCCUUCCACUUCAUCUCCACCAACAACCCUUACGCCAUGAACCUCCGCUUCAUCGCCGCCGACACUUUCCAGAAAGUCAUCAUGCUCGCACUCCUAGUCCUCUGGGCUAACUUCACCCGCUCCGGCAGCCUCGAGUGGAGCAUCACCAUCUUCUCCCUCUCCACUCUUCCCAACACCCUCGUCAUGGGGAUCCCUCUCCUGAUCGCCAUGUACGGCGAGUACGCCGGCUCUCUCAUGGUCCAAGUCGUCGUCCUCCAGUGCAUCAUCUGGUACACGCUCCUCCUCUUCCUCUUCGAGUUUCGCGGCGCCAAGAUGCUCAUCAUGGAGCAGUUUCCCGAAACCGCCGCCUCCAUCGUCUCCUUCAAAGUCGAAUCCGACGUCGUUUCACUCGACGGCCACGAUUUUCUCGAGACCGACGCAGAGAUCGGCGACGACGGGAAGCUCCACGUCACCGUGAGGAAAUCGAACGCCUCACGCCGCUCCUUCUGCGGUCCCAACAUGACUCCACGGCCGUCGAAUCUCACCGGAGCUGAGAUUUACAGCUUAAGCACCACUCCCAGAGGCUCAAACUUCAACCACUCCGAUUUCUACUCGAUGAUGGGUUUCCCCGGCGGCCGUCUCUCCAAUUUCGGUCCGGCGGAUAUGUACUCCGUUCAGUCUUCGAGAGGUCCGACUCCGAGACCUUCUAAUUUCGAGGAGAAUUGCGCUAUGGCUUCUUCCCCAAGAUUCGGGUAUUAUCCGGGUGGUGGAGGAGGAGGAGCCGGGUCUUACCCGGCUCCCAAUCCGGAGUUUUCCUCAACAACUACCGCCACGUCGGCAACAGCUAACAAAGCCGUUAGUAAAAAUCCAAAAGACAAUCAACAGUUACAGAGCAGCGGCAAGUCUAACAACCAUGACGCGAGCGCUAAAGAACUCCACAUGUUCGUUUGGAGCUCCAACGGGUCGCCCGUUUCGGACCGGGCGGGUCUUAACGUACCCGAUUCAGGAUCCAACAACGAACAAGGAGGAAGAUCCGAUCAGGGUGCGAAAGAGAUCCGGAUGUUAGUCCCUGACCAAUCCCAAAACGGUGAAACCAAAGCUUUAGCUCGUCCGGCGAGUGGAGAUUUCGGAGGUGAGCCGUUUACGUUCGCCGGAAGAGAAGAAGAGGGAGGAGAGAGAGGGAAAGACGCGGAGAACGGACUGAACAAACUUGCUCCGAAUUCAUCAUCGGCGGAGCUACAAUCGAAGACAGGUCUCGGAGGAGGAGAAGCGAGUCACGGGAAGCAGAUGCCGCCGGCGAGCGUGAUGACGAGGCUGAUUCUGAUAAUGGUGUGGAGGAAGCUAAUCAGAAACCCAAACACUUACUCUAGUCUCAUUGGCCUCAUUUGGGCUCUCGUCGCUUACCGGUGGCACGUGGCAAUGCCGAAAAUCAUUCAGCAAUCUAUCUCCAUUCUAUCUGAUGCUGGUCUUGGAAUGGCAAUGUUUAGUUUGGGGUUGUUCAUGGCGUUGCAACCCAAAUUGAUCGCUUGUGGAAAUUCCGUGGCAACAUUUGCCAUGGCGGUUAGGUUCCUUACCGGCCCGGCCGUGAUGGCUGUUGCCUCCAUAGCCAUUGGACUACGUGGUGAUUUACUGCGUGUUGCUAUAGUUCAGGCUGCAUUGCCUCAAGGGAUUGUGCCAUUUGUGUUUGCAAAGGAGUACAAUGUUCAUCCUGCUAUUUUGAGUACAGGGGUAAUAUUCGGAAUGCUUAUAGCGCUUCCGAUUACGUUAGUUUACUACAUUCUACUCGGGUUAUAA